UAAUAUCCAAAUGUAAAUUAUAUAUAACUCUGCUAUGAUCAUUAAUUUAUAUGUUAGUUACUUACUUUUUAAAAUUUCUAAAAUGAAAUCUAUCCUGAUUAUAUUACCACUUUUUUGUGGUGUCUUAAUGGGUCAAGACCUAAAGGAUUUCGACGAAACAGUUUUAUACGGGAUUGAUUUUCCAGGGGGAGAUUUCCUUUUCAAAGACGAUUAUAAUUAUGAGGAAUUGAUUGUGACUACAAAACAUCAAGAGAGAUAUAAGUGUAUGAUACCGAUAACCGAAACGAAAUCUGAAGCGGAGAAAAAAUUUGAUAUGAGUAAAUCCCCAUUGCAAUAUCUAAGUAUUAUGUAUUCAAAACAGAGUUGUUCUUACCGUGUGGAAGCGUACUGGACAUAUGAAAUCUGUCAUGGAUAUCACAUUAAGCAAUAUCAUGAGGAAAGAGAUGGCAAACAGUUAAAAUCUCAAGAGUACUUUUUAGGUAAAUGGGAUGAUGUUAAAAACGAUGAGCUAAAGCAAAAAAUACAAAUUGAUAUUGAGAGUGGGAAAAAAUUUAAAACAACGAAAAUUGAUAACAUUAAUUAUCCUUAUUUGGAGGUUGAAAUGACUGAUGGUACAGUUUGUGAUUUGAAUAAUGAACCACGUAAAACAAAAAUUCGUUACGUUUGCUAUCCACAUCGAAAAGUCGAAGUAUAUUCGAUUAAAGAGACAUCGUCAUGUAAUUAUGAGGCCGUAGUUUUAACCACUACUUUAUGUAUGCAUCCGGCGUUUGUACCAGAAGAGUCCAAAGAAAACUCAAUAAAUUGUUUACCCUUAGAAGAUGCACCUGAUAAGCCGCUUAGUUGGUUGUACAAUGAAAUUGAUAAUUUGAAGUACCGUCCCAAACAACUCUCUACAACAGAAACAUCCUCUCCAACAAAGCCUGUGAGAAGUGUUGCUAUAAUCAAAUUUAAUGAGAAGGGUGAAAUGAGUAUCGAUGUAGUAGAAAACAAUUUUGAACAACUUGGCUUAUUGGAAAUGGAUUUCAAUACUGAACAGUCGUCACGCGCAAUUCCAAACGAAGAAAUCACUAGUAUUAAGGCUAAAGCUCCUGCAACAACAGCCUCAGAUAGCAAUAUAAGACUUACAGACAAUCCUAAACAAAAAACUUUUGAUUUUUUGACCGGAAAAUCAUGUUUAACUGGCGGAACCGGCUGGUGGAAAUUUGAAUUCUGUUUUGGAAAAUUUGUAAGACAAUACCAUGUAGACAAAAAUGGCGAAACUUCGCUAACUUUGGGAAUAUUUGAUAAAGAUUCACAUAUUAAUUGGAUCAAAAACAAUCCUGAAAAACGUCCAAAACCGAAAAACAUAAGGACAGAGUUAUCACAUUUUUACCAUAGUGGUACCACGUGUGAAAAAACUGGUGAAAAACGACAAACAGAAGUUAAAUUACGCUGUCAUGAAAAUAGUCCAAGCCCAACAUCAGUGUCUAUGUACUUAUUGGAGCCAAAGAUAUGCCAAUACACUUUAGUGGUAGAAUCAGAAAUUUUUUGUGAAAUAUUCGAAAUGGUAGACGACGAUUUUGGAUUAAUUCAAUUUGAUAAAAUAAUUCCAAUAGAUAAAUGGCGCAAUUUCAUUUCAAGUCCCAAUUAUAUAGGGAAUGUGCCUGUCCACAAUUUCGAAGUCAGAAAUCAAAACGAUUAAUUUUUAGUUUUUCUAGAUUAAUUGUUAAAAAAACUAGUUUUUGUUUGAAAUAUAUUUGUUUACUUUCACUUUUUUCAAAUAUUGUACUUUUAUUUGUGAAUGUGGACGGAAUUUUAUAUUGUAUGUGAUGAAAAUAAAAAUAUUGAUCUAACUUAAAAACUGUA